AUGACUGCCUCUGCGUCAUUGUUGGCCUUUUCUGCUGUCCUUCUGCUUCCCAAAAACCAGGCGGGAGUUUGUAGCUCCGAAAGAUCCCAUCCUUCCAACUCGCCCUUAGGAAUUCUGUUCGAAUCCUCCCGUCUCUCCGAUUUACUCUGGGCUCCUGGGGAACAUCUAUCCUGUCUGCGUGUUCAGCUCAAGUGUCCCGGGGAAAGUAAAACGGUGGGUGUGGGCAAGCUUGGUCCCCACAUUUUUAAGGAGCGGAAACGGGAACUUGUAAAGAACCCUAAUUUGUCCCAUCCCCAACACACCCAUGGACCGACUCCCCCACGCAAGGUUUGCGUCCUCGUGUUGUUGUCGAAGUUCAGUGAGGGGCGAUUGGACACAGAAAACGAAAUUUCGGAUUCUUUCAAUCCCAAUUAUUAUUUUAGUGGCAGUGGUCGCACUUAG